AUGGCCGAGCAUGAAGUAAAAAGUUGGGCUUCAUUUCUGUCCAAGAACGGCCAACAAGCCAUUUUCGCUGUCGUCAAAAGCGACACCUCCUUCUACGGCCAAAGUCCCCCGGUCUAUCCUUCCCCCGAAAUGUCCGGCAUCGGAGGCUGGGAUGAAGCACUCUCCAAAGCCCAGGCAAUGGUCUCGCAGAUGUCGCUGGAAGAAAAGGUUAACAUCACUGGAGGCUAUGGGAGCAAGACCACGGGGUGCAGUGGUAAUGUUCCCGCUAUAGAUCGUGUGGGGUUUCCGGGGAUGUGUGUGCAGGAUGGCCCGGCUGGUGCUAGAGGGGCGGAGGGGGUUAGUGGUUAUCCGGCUGGUGUGCAUGUUGGUGCGAGCUGGAAUAAAUCACUCGCCUACGAUCGAGCUUAUGCAAUGGCCGGCGAAUUCAAAAGAGCAGGCGCCACACUGAGUUUGGGUCCCGCGGUGCUCGGUCCAUUGGGUAGGAUUGCUCGGGGGGAACGGAAUUGGGAGGGAUUCGGUGCGGACCCGUAUCUCAGUGGUAUAUUGGUGGUGCAGUCUGUGGAGGGGACUCAGGAUGGUGGUGUGGUUUCAUGCACCAAGCACUUCAUUGCAAACGAGCAAGAGGAAUAUCCGUUUAAGAAAAGAGACCCAGUCACCAACCACUCGAUUGAGCCAUCCUCGUCCAACAUUGAUGAUAAGACCAUGCAUGAGGUGUACAUGUGGCCCUUUGCGGAUGCUGUUCACGCCGGAACAGCCAUGUGCUCCUACCAACGCGUAAACAACAGCUACGCCUGCAAAAACCGCAAAGUCAUGAACGGUCUCCUCAAAACCGAGCUCGGCUUUCAAGGCUUCGUAAUGAGCGACUUCAAAGGCCAGAAAACAGGCAUGGCAAGUGCCCGAGCCGGCAUGGACAUGACCAUGCCCCUCGCAACCCCAUAUUGGGGCCCGCACGUCCUCGAAGCAGUCCGCAACGGCUCCGUUCCUGAAUCCAAUCAGGAUGACUCCAGCGUUCCCCUCGUUGGCUUGGGUCUUCCACCUGAUCUACACAGCCCGCACGCCAUGAUCGACGCCCGGAACCCUGACGACGCAGAUACCCUCUUGCAGGGCACAAUUGAAGGCCACGUACUAGUGAAGAGCAUCGACAAAGCACUCCCCCUAACAAAACCCCGCAUGCUCGCCGUCUACGGCUACGACGCCAAAAUGCCCGAACGAAACAAUCCGUCCAACGGCUUCAACGACUGGACCCUAGGCUUCUACCCCUUACAAACCCUAGAAACACGGGCCCGCCAGGACGCAACGCAAUUAUUCUGGGACGUCGUUAUACCAAACGCAAACAGCACCGUUCCAGGCGCAGCAGACGCAUGUCUAGUCUUCAUUAACACUUUCUCCUCGGAAGGUGUCGACCGCCCGAUGCCCAAACACCAUCGUAGCCAUCCACAAUGCCCCGGAAUCCGUGUCGUGGACCAGUGGAUCGACAAUCCCAACGUCACCUCCGUGAUCAUCGCACAUCUGCCCGGCCAGGACUCCGGCGCCGCCAUCACAAAGAUCCUUCCUCUACGGCGACUUCGACUACGCGCGCUUCUCGCACCCCAGGACCUUGGGAACUGGGAUAAAUAUUUCCCGCAGGAUAACUUCACCGAAGGCGUAUUCAUCGACUACCGCGCAUUCGACGAGAACAAUAUCACCUCACGCUUCGAGUUCGGUUUCGGACUCACAUAUACAACGUUCAACUACACCAACCUCAAAAUCUCAAACACCAUCGACCCAUCAACCCUCUCCCCCUUCCCCACGGGCCCUAUAAUCCCCGGCGGCCACGCUGAUCUUUGGGACACAGUAGCCACCGUGACAGCCGACGUUACGAAUACCGGGGACGUACCGGCCGCAGAAGUUGGACAGCUGUAUAUGAGUAUUCCGGGCGAGGGACAGCCAGUUAGACAGUUGCGGGGAUUUGAUAAGGUUAUGCUUGGGCCGGGUGAGACGAGAACAUUUGAGUUUGGAUUGCGGCGGAGGGAUCUUAAUAUUUGGGAUGUUGGGGUGCAGGGAUGGAAGUUGCUUACUGGGGAGGAGUAUGGGGUUGUUGUGGGGGAAAGUUUGAGGAUGUUGGGUUUGAAUGGGGCGUUAGUGUUGUAGGUGGUAUAGAAAAAAAGAAACGGGGUGUACGAAAGAACGAUGCUAGAGGCUAAAUGAUAGAUGUACGAUAGAAAGGAAGGACGAUCGAUUGAUGUGGGGAACUAGAAUACAGGCGGGCGAC